UGUAUGUAUGUAUGUAUGUAUGUAUGUAUGUAUGUAUGUAUGUAUGUAUGUAUGUAUGUAUGUAUGUAUGUAUGUAUGUAUGUAUGUAUGUAUGUAUGUAUGUAUGUAUGUAUGUAUGUAUGUAUGUAUGUAUGUAUGUAUGUAUGUAUGUAUGUAUGUAUGUAUGUACAGUGGGGUCGUGUUUCUUAGAUAUUUUAUCAACACACGUAAAUAGGUACGUACGUAGGUAUGUACAGUGGCGGACCCAGAAAAUUUGGGUCGUUGGGUCGAACAUAAAUAAAAAUGUACUUUCUUUUCACAUUUUUGUCUCAUUUCAGUUUAUAAUGUUUAACUUAAACAUUUUUUAAAAUUUAUUUAAAUAUUGGUGUCGAAUAAAAAUUUAAAACUGUAGAUUUAAAAAUAACAUAAAAUAUUUUAUGAAAUAAGACAUUUCAUUACUAUAAUUUUUAAUAAAAUGAUAGAAGAAAAUAUGUAAAGAACAAAUAUCUAAUUUAACUCUGUGAAUAAUGGAUAAGACAAGCAUAACGAGAUGAUGGAGGUAACUCAUAAAAUUAAUUUAGAUGAAUAGUAACUUUUAUUUCGAUACCAAUUCGUAAAUAAAGUAAAUAAAGUAUAUAUAAAAGAUUUUUUUAUUUUAGAGUUGUUAAAAAAAGUAAAAUCAAUUAUUGUUAAAUGGGCUCCCGACGGAAGGCAUGUUGCCAUUGGCUUGAAUAAUUCUGAUGUCCAGCUUUGGGAUUCCACGGCUAACAGAUUGUUACGAACUUUGAGAGGUGGCCACCAAUCACGAGUAGGAGCCCGCGAUUGGAACAAUCAUAUACUGACAACAGGUGGGAUGGAUGGUAUGAUUUUCAGCAAUGACGUCCAGGUGAGAUCACAUAUUGCGGAAACCUACAAAGGACAUAGUCAAGAAGUGUGCGGCCUAAUAUGGUCUGCCUCGGGCCAGCAGUUGGCAAGCGGAGGAAACGAUAACCUUCUCUAUAUAUGGGACAGAUCAUCGACUGCUGUUUCUUCUUCCAACUCCACCUCCUCAACCACACAAUGGCUUCACAGGUUCGAGGAACACACAGCUGCAGUUAAGGCCCUUGCCUGGUGUCCAUUUCAGGGGAACCUUUUGGCCUCAGGCGGAGGUGGAGGAGACCGGUGCAUUAAGUUCUGGAAUACUCAUACCGGUUCAAGUGUGAACUCAGUUGAUACAGGGUCUCAGGUGUGCGCAUUGCUGUGGAACAAGAGUGAGCGCGAGUUGCUUAGCUCUAAUGGGUUUACUAAGAAUCAGCUCACGCUCUGGAAAUACCCAUCAAUGGUUAAAAUGGCAGAGCUUACGGGACAUACCUCUCGAGUUCUUUUUAUGGCUCAGUGGGACAGGUUUAUUCCUAAUAGAUCUGCAAUGGAUUUUGACUAUGCACAUUUUAUGGUGACCGAAGGAUGUAAAGCUAAAGAGAUUCCGGCCAGUUCACCUUCAAGAGAAGCAUACCGAAAGCAGCUUGCGGAGAUCUUUAACAUGAACCGGAGGAUCCUUGCUUUUAAGAACAAACCACCCACCCCCCCUUUGGAUGGUUUUCUGAAUGAGAACUCUUCCGCUUACCAGGCCAAACCUACAAAACCCCUUCGCCACAUUCCUCAGACAUCUGAGAGGACUUUAGAUGCCCCAGAUAUUUUGGAUGAUUACUACUUGAAUCUACUAGAUUGGGGAAGCAGCAAUGUUCUCUCUAUUGCUCUUGGCAGUACUGUUUAUUUACCUGUGGGAUGCUUCUGAGGGCAGUACUGUUUACAUUGAAUGUUUUAUUAAUAUAACUUUUUAUAAGACAUCUCAGUUUUUCCUUUAUUACUUAAAAUUGCUCAUUUUCCUAAUUUUUAUAAAAAAAAAUUAUAAGUCAGAAGAGUUUAGAGAAAAAGACUAAAAUAUGAGUAAACCAUAAAAAAUGUAAACAAAAAAGUUCUACGUCUUAUUUCCAAAAUAGGAUUUCAAUGAAAAUAAAAUGUUAAUCAUUAA